AUGUCCGAAGAUAUUAUAGAUAGGUCAUUGGAGCUUGGAAUCCAAUGUUUCCAAGGCGAGGACUACAAGGGGGCUGCAGAGUUAUUCAGCAAGUCACUGCAGCUUGCACGAUCAUAUACGGACAGGUCUUUGGAGGGUAUUCGCGAGAAAGUUGGCCUCCCGAAGCGCUGCUUACACGAUCCGAGUCGGGUUUAUCACCCACGAUAUCUUGUGCUUCUUGAUAACCGAGCAGCUACGUGGGAGAAGCUGAAUAAACUUGAUAGAGCCCUGGCUGAUGCGGCCUAUAUGAUAACUGUUGAUGCGUACAAUCUGAAAGGAUAUAUAAGGCGAGGAAAGGUGCUCCAGAAACUGGGUAGAUACGAAGAAGCGCUUCAGGUCUACGAAAAUGGGCUCAAACAAGCAGGGGAAGCGGAGAAAACCCAUGCGAUACACGCGCCCCAGAAGUUCCUCGAUAUAGUGUAUCGUCAGCGGUCCACAAUCAAGGAACUACUGCAGAGUCGCGCACGAAGCAGCAGAUCUUUGACCCAGCAGACAGUUGCGAAAGAACCGAAGUUAAAACGUCCUGCCACCAUCGAUUCAUUGAUGCCUGGUAAAAAGCGCUCCUCGUCGAAAGCCAAAAUCGACUACAUCGCGACGCUACCAGUGGAGAUAAUAGAGCGUAUUAUGGCGAACAUGGAUACAAGAAGUAUCAUACGUUGUUACAGUGUUUGUAAAUUGUGGAAAUAUAGGCUUGAACGCCUGCCACACUUGUACCAAGAGUUUCGCUUAUCUUGCUGCUAUAAGAAUAUGUUGGGCUAUGUCAAUUUUGUGGGAGCCCUGGCUUCUCGGACUGCAGAGUACUCAUGCCGGAGUAUACAGUGCGUGAGUGGAAACGUACAGGAGGAAGAAAAAUCAAUUAUACUACUACUAUCACGUUUAAUGAUAGGAACAAGGCAACUGGCUCUAAUGGCGAAGAAAUGCAAAGCGGAACGAAUAAUACAACAUAUCUGUGAAAAUAAAAAGUUGCGAAAUGGUGUACAGAGACUCUCAAUUACUGCGCCAGUGCACUUUGGUCAUAAGUUAAACUUGCAUGAACUGUAUACCCGAACUACGUCUAUGACCCAUUUGGAAUUAGUCUUGAAUUUCCAUACACCCUCCGAGCACGUAGGUGGGCACCUUUUUCCUUGGCAAGACCAUGCAGUCGCUGAAACAAAUCUAGAAUCUUUCACUCUUAUGGCAAGAAAUUAUAGUGUCCAUCACGUCAAUGUUAUAGAGCAGUUUGAAUAUAGCUCAGUGUUAUUCAAGAGACUUAAAAAGCUUUGUAUAACGGGAAUUGACUUUCGACUGGGUGAUAGAAACAACUUGAAGUGGAUAUCGGACAUGCCAAACUUGCAAGAAUUAUGGUUAGAGCGCAAUACUGGUAUUGAAUUCCAUGAACUGAUAACGCAAAUCGUACAAGUAGGUGCACCGAAGACCUUACGCCAUCUGACGUUUAGAGAACCGCCCAAUCGACAUUUUGAUAGGAUGGACCAGUCCCAACUAGGUUUAGGUGAAGAGGCACUUCGAGAAGUUUUUCAGUCUCUCGAGUCUCUAGACCUUAUGAACACUAGAUUUGAUCCGCAGCUAUUGCUAUUACUCUUGCAGCCGGCAUGCGAGAAUCGAAUUGCGAGACUAAACAUCGGUAACUGUCCUAGGCUUUCAUUUGCCAGAGACCUGGAGAUACUCACCCUGAUAUUUCAGCAGCUUCCAGCACUGACGGAUCUCUUGCUCCCGAAUGUAAUGGAAUAUACACGCCAAGGAAUGGAAGUAUUAAGGAAGAAUAUAAAAGGGAUGAAGUUAAAAAGGCUGGAUCUUUCAUUUAUACCUUCGCUUAAGGGCUACGAGUUACUAGAUUUGUUAAAGGAGCUCAAAGGUAUUAAUCCACUGGGCCUGGAAACCUUAACAAUCAAUGGCUGCACUGCUGUCGCACCUCAAACUGUGGACUAUAUAACGAGAAAUGGUUAUGCUCAGAAGGUUAUGUGCGCAUAUGAACGCACACAAUGGGAGCAUUUAGGAAUAAAUUCUUUUUGGUAUAGAUAA